CCCGCCCAGGGCGCCAUCUUUCCGCGGCCGCGGGAGCGGAGUGGGCCCGGCCAUGCCGCACUUCCAGGCCUGGGAGGAGUUCACCCGCGCCGCCGAGAAGCUCUACCUCGCCGACCCCAUGAAGGUGCGGGUUGUUCUGAAAUACCGACAUUGUGAUGGGAACCUCUGCAUCAAAGUAACAGAUGACGUAGCUUGUUUGCUGUACAGAACAGACCAGGCACAAGACGUAAAGAAGAUCGAGAAAUUCCACAGUCAGCUCAUGCGGCUCAUGGUGGCCAAGGAAUCCCGCAGUGCUGCCAUGGAAACAGACUGAAAUGCUGAAAAUAAAAUGAGUACUCCGGUCAUAUUUCACUGGGAGAAAAUGUCUCUUGGAUUUGAACGAAUACUGGGACAGGAGAUGCUUUUAUGUACUGAAGUGGACCGAUGACGUGUCUGAAGCGUUUUCGCCCCUCAGGCUCCGCUUUGGAAAACUCGGAAAAUAAAUGCUUUCAGUUGAAAGCUUAUAUUUAUUUUUGGGUAUCAAACAAGCAGCUAUUCUUACACAUUAGGUAUGCUAAGAAGACAAGUAAAUAUUUUAAAUCUGCAGUAUGUUAGUAUGAAUUUGAUGGGCCACAAGCGUAUCUCUGUAAAGAUACUAUAAAAUUUCACAUAGAUUUCAUUGUGUUCAUACCUUAUGCUGGUAUAUUCUUACAGUGAGACGGUUUAUUAACCUAAUACUGUAGCAUGAUGACUGGACUUAAUAAAUAUUUACAUAAAUUAUAUUAAUUGGUGGAGUUUAGAGGAACAGAUGUUUUCUGAACUGAAAUGAUGAAAUUGCCAAUCUGUACUACCACAGUCACUAGCAACAUUUUAGCUUUUAGUAUUGCUCUUGAUCAUAAGUUGUGCAGCAUUAUCUGUGAUGCAGUUUACAGAACUGUCACAUUGGCUAAAUAAUGAAACUUCUGUUUUUAAAAAUUAAAGUAGAACUUCACUUGAAUAUUGCUAGAGAUGGGUGAGAAACUGAAAGGGUUUUUUUUCUGCUUAUGCAAACACUGUUACUAAAAAAAUAGUCAGUUGCUUUUUAACAUACUUGAACUAUUUUGUACUAGCAGGGGUACCUUUUCCCAUCCUUGCUUCAGGCAGGAUUGAAGUGUAUCAGCAAGAUAAAUUCCAGAAGUUCUUACCUAUUAUGUUAAUAGAAAGAAAUCCAACCGAAUGCUAUCCAGAUUCCCUAGUUUAGCAACUUGUUAAUUGCAUUUUCAAAUGUUACAUGUGGCAGAUGGAUGUCAGCCAACUGAAUAAAUGGAUGAAAACCAGCUUAAUAAAUACUUAAAUACCACUGUCAAAAAUAGACCAAUGCUCCUGUGGCUUAGACUUGUUUCUCAUACUUACCUCUGGUAGGGUGAUGGAAGCCUUAAUUGUCUCUUGCAAAGGCUUUUUGCUUCACAACCCAGUAGCUAAAAUUGAUACUUGCUUUGACUACUUAAAACCAGAUGAACAUUUUCAUGUAAUGAGGCCAUUGGUAUAACUAGAUGUUUUCAGAAGUAAUGUUUUGGCUUAAACCAAGCCAUGAAAGCAAAGCAGAGGCAUACAUGUAGUGGCACUUAUAUAAAACAAAACAAUCUGCUUAAAUAGCUACCUGCUGGCACUUACAUAAAAAUAAUGGAGCUACUCAGAAGUAGUACUCCAUGUGGAGUUUCCACAUUUGCCAAAGGCUUGGAAAAAGCCCCAGGCUGGAAUAUUGCAUUAGAGUACCCUUUUAGCUGAACGUAAAAUGUUACACGUUGUUGGAAAACACUGCAGUGCUAAAUUCACAGUGACUACUCAAGUUCUAGUCUACAGGAGUGACUGGUAUGUAUGUAACAUUUUUGUAUUGGCUUUUGAAAUGCAAAUAAAUGCAGAGAGAAGGCUGGACUGUGUUCACUGUUAAACUUUUA